CCUGUUGCUCUGUUCAAAUGCCAGAGUCCCACUGUCAAAACAGAGAGAGGGGCGCAACAAUAUGAUGGACCUUUUUGAGACCAACCCUUAUCUUUUCAAUGAUUUGCGCUAUUUGGAAGAAGGGGAUCAUGGACCACUACAGCACCUGGACAUUUCCGGGGUGUCUCCUCUGUACAACGGCAAUGACAGCCCGCUGUCCCCGGGCCAGGAUAAUGUUCCGUCUGAGACCGGGGGGGAGAGCAGCGGGGAAGAGCACGUCCUUGCGCCCCCGGGUCUCCGGACGCACUGCGACGGCCAGUGCCUCAUGUGGGCCUGCAAGAUCUGCAAGAGAAAGUCAGCGCCGACGGAUAGACGCAAGGCCGCCACGCUCCGGGAGAGGAGGAGGCUCAAGAAGAUCAACGAGGCCUUCGACGUGCUGAAGAGGAAGACCGUGGCCAACCCCAACCAGAGGCUACCCAAGGUGGAGAUUUUACGCAGCGCCAUUAGUUACAUAGAGAGCUUACAGGAUCUGCUGCAGACGCUGGACGAGCAGGAGAAACCGCAAAACGGAUCAUCCCACAAAGAACACCGUGUGGAGUAUCACUGGAAAAAGUCCUCAGAGACCUGGCCGACCUCUGCCGACCAUUCCACUGCAGCAAUAAUAAACCAGAGAGAAGGAACCAGUGAGUCUUCUGCAUCCUCCAGCCUCCUGCGUCUGUCCUCCAUCGUGGACAGCAUCACCAACAGCGACAAAAAAAACUUCUCCACAAACUGAAACAUAAGCGAAGACCUCGACUAUAGACAACAAUUUUCGAAUUUCCAUUAUUUAUCUCUAAAUUAUUUCCACUAUAUUCAGCCAUUCUGGCUUCUGUUUAUGUAGUCUUCAUUUGUACAGCAGGAGCAACAAAUUUGUACAUAUUUUAUAAUAAUGUUUAGCUUUAUUUAUUUUAUAUUCAAAAGCAGAUAAAUUCCUUUAAGAAAGCUGAUAUUGUAUUUAAAUAUUUGUACAUAACUGACCAAGCCAAUAAAUUAAACUUUUGCAAUACUCUAAACCACUACUUUCCUAAUUCUUCAAGGGCAUGCUGGACAGGAAAGUGCAUCCAUGUAUUUGAUGUAACAAUAGGCAAUUCAAGCAUCACACCACAUAUAGAGACUCUUUAAGCUUCUUUACCAUUGCAAUGUUAAAAACAACAAUCGUCAUGGAGAGUUUAAAAUUUCUAC